UUACAAAAUUUAGCCUAUUUUUUAUGUCAUUCAUUGCAUGUGAGUGGUGAUAUUUAGAUAUGCUGCUGAUUUAUGCUGGUGCAAUCUAUUUCAUGUUGUGGGCUUGUCAAAGUAUCGUUAUUUUAAUUAGGCUCAGUUUAGAGGUUUUUCAUAAUUUAUUUUAUGAAUUACUUUGAAAUUUGUGACUUGAUUAGCAAUGGAAUUAGGAGAUACAAUGUUAUUGAAUGUGACUCUAUGAUACAAAAGGGCCUUGAAAACACUGUCAAGGAUUAUGAUGUUGCACUGGACUUGGAAUUGGACUCAAUCAAUAAGCUCUUGACCCAAUGUCUUGCCUUUUAUCAGGUUACUGGUAAUACUAUUAUGGAUCGUAUUGAUUUUUAUGUAACUGAAACUUUUGGGGUUGGAGCUAGCAAUUAUGAAGGCGAUCCAUUAUAGCAUGGUUGAAUUUAUUAUAUAAGUUGCAUAACCUCUAAUAAACAAGUGAUUCACUUAAUUGUGUAGUUGUGUUGUUUUUCAC